AUGGCACAACAGUGCGGGAGACAAGCCAGUGGGCGUCUGUGCGGCAACCGCCUUUGCUGCAGCCAGUGGGGCUACUGUGGCUCCACUGCAUCCUACUGUGGAGCUGGCUGCCAGAGCCAAUGCCGAUCAGCUGCUUCUGCCAACGAAUCAACUGCUAAGUCGUCGGAUCCCGCCGCCAACUUGUUGUUGACACCAACUACAAUAAUGGCACAACAGUGUGGGAGUCAAGCCAGUGGGCGUCUGUGCGCCAACGGCCUUUGCUGCAGCCAGUGGGGCUACUGUGGCUCCACUGCAGCCUACUGUGGAGCUGGUUGCCAGAGCCAAUGCAAAUCUACUGCUGCUGCUUCCACCACCACUACCACUGCAAACCAAUCAACCGCUAAGUCGGAUCCCGCCGGCGGUGCCAACUGA